AUGAAGGUGUUCCUUGUUGCCGCCGUGCUGGCCGUAGCUGCCGCCGAUUCUCCGGCUCCGUACCACCCGACUCCGGCUCCGUACCACCCGGCUCCGGCCUACAAGCCGGCUCCCUACCACCCGCAGACCCAGUACAAGGAGGAGGCCAGGCCGUUCGCCUUCGACUACGCCGUCAACGACCACUACACCGGCACCAACUUCGCCCGCAACGAGCAGAGCGACGGUCACAAUGUGCAGGGCUACUACUCGGUGGUUCUGCCCGACGGCCGUACCCAGCAUGUCAAGUACACGGCUGACCACUACGGUGGAUACAACGCCGAGGUCACCUACGACGGAGAGGCCGCCUACCCCGAGCAGCACUCUGCCUACAAGCCGGCCCCCUACAAGCCGGCCCCCUACCACCCGGCCCCUGCCUACAAGCCGGCCCCCUACCACCCGGCCCCUGCUUACAAGCCGACCCCUGCCUACAAGCCAGCUCAUUAUUAAUUCAUUGAGUCACAU